CAGUACUUAGAGGUUGAGGUUUUAUUAGUCUAUUUACUAACUGUUUGUUAGCAAAUAGUUGUUCGAGGAUUUACAAUGAGUGGCAAUCGCCGAGGAAUAGGUUCUGCUCUACUUUUUCUGGCACUCUCUGUGACUUAUCAAAUUCUACCAUCAACGCGGGCAUUCCCAAUAGAUUGCCAAAAGAACACUGCAGUCUGUUUAGAAAAAAUAACGAAGGACGUCACUCAAGUUCAGGAGAACAAAACAUUGGCGAAAUCUAAGAACUGUGUUGAGCUCUACUAUUCCGGUCAAAGGAUCAGCGGUGUUUACACAAUCGACCCAGAUGGCUCAGGUGCCUUUAAUGUCUAUUGUGACCAAACUACUUCCGGUGGGGGAUGGACAGUCUUUCAGAAGAGAAUGGAUGGCUCCGUUGAUUUUAACCGCACCUGGAAUAACUACAAAUAUGGCUUCGGUAACUUGCUCGGUGAAUUUUGGCUCGGACUGGACAAGAUAAACCGUCUGACACAAAACAAAACAAAGAACAUGCUUCGAAUAGAUCUGGGGGUAACUACGCGCCAAACUGUUCACGCUGAGUAUGAAUGGUUUGGGAUUGGGAAUGCCACGGCUGACUACCGCCUGUACAUUGGCAAUAUGACAAAUUCAACUGUUUCCUCUGACUCCCUCAAUCCUCACAAAGAUCUCAUUUUUGGUACCUGGGAUAGAGAUCCUGCCCAUUGUGCUCAAAAAAGAGGCGGAGGCUGGUGGUAUGGCAAGAGUAGUGCUUGUGCUGUUUGGUCGAAUCUCAACGGAAUUUAUCCGCAUUGUCCAAAGGAAACCUGGGCCGAUAUCCAUUGGGGAAAAUUAGAUCCAAACAGUCCCGCGGGUAGCGCCCCCAUAUCAACUGAAAUGAAAAUUAGACCAGUGGAUCUUUUUUAAAAUUUUCUGACGGUAAAGUGUUCAUGUAUAUAGUGAUUUCUGCGUCCUCUGAUCGGUCGACUUCGCUUUUAUUACAAUUGUGAUUGGCAGAUUAGUGAUCGAGUGGCCGUCCUUGAAUUUGAAUGAAUUCCGCCAAGGGAACAUCAUCGUUAACUGCUUCCCUCGCGAUCAGGCAUCAAGUGCAUUUAUUUGCAUGCAUGGUGAUUUUGAUUCUUUUUUACGAACUAUUCAUUGUUGAUUUGAAAACGCUGCAAUUAAAAAUUAGUUCGCUUGCUUUCGAAAUUAAACCAAAAUAUCUGUGAAUUCAGUUUUUGAAUAUCCGACAAAGAAAUAAAUCCGGACCAAUCGAUGCUGUUUUUAAACUUUAAGAGGUAAUUUGCACGACAAGAAAUAAAAGGUGUAUUUUUUUCAACGCCUUUUAAUUGCAGAUUUUAAAAUGCUUAGAAUACGCAGAUUAGAAGAAAUGACCAAAUUAUACACAACCAUAUAUAGUUGAUCAAAUGCGAUUUCAGAAAAGAAUCUUUUCAUCACAUCAAGAUUAAUUCAGAAGGAUUUCUAUUUAUGGAACAUUUUAAGCUAUUAGCUAAAGUUCCUAAAUGUUUUUACUUAUUUCUAUAGAGUUUACG